AUGAGAGGACAGGGUUCUCGAAGUGGAAGAUCAGGAGAAAACUUCUCCCACAGUCAUCGAUCUGGUGGCAGAGACGCCGCUGAUCGCGAAGCCAAGCGAAAAGCCAGAGCGGGAAUUAGUGGAAGGUCGACUCCAAGAGCCUCAUCGUCCUCCAGGACAGAGAGAAGAUUUCGAGACAAGAUGGGCGGCGAACGGAAAGCUUCAAAGGCUGACAUUCUUGAAGAGUCGAAUGAAGGCAAGAUUCAGUUGAACGCUGCUGCUGUAGAAGAUGCCGAGAAACAACAGGGUCGGAUUGAAGCGCUCACGCGACAAAUGCAAAACAUCACGCAACCAACUGCUGUCCCAGAACCUAUCGAUCCGGAUGAGGACGAUAAUGAUGGCGAUAAUAAGCGGUCUGCCAAGAAGAAGCGAUGGAAAUGUAUCUGUUGUUUCCUCAUCCUUCUACUUGCAAUCGGGGGUGGAGUUGCUUACAUCUUUGGGACUUCCCGAGGAAACUCUUGCUGUAGAGCCGACGCGCCCUCCAGCUGUCAGAGGUUCCGCAUUGCCAAGUAUAAUUCGCCCUCCAAUAGUGCGACCUCCAAAGAGUUUGCAUCGAGUUUGAUGCAGCCUUGA